AUGUUUCCAAUAAUCCUUGUAUCUGAUGCGGGAUUGGAAUCCGUGAAAAGCUACGACACAAAGCCCAAUUUGCUCACUCAAAGCGAGAUUUGCUUCCAGAAAAGCGGAACUUUGGAAGAAAAAGAAUCAGUGAUCACCAUCAAGCUCAUCCAAGGGAGGUGGACCAUCUGCGACAAGCAAAUUGGGCCGUUUGGCCAAGACAAGCUCUUGCUACAAGAAGCCUCGACGGAUUCGAUGCUCUCCUUUUCACCAGAGCCAAGCAGCUUCUGGAUUGGUAUUUCAGGGCCAUCUACUCCCCCUUAUGUCCUUGGUAUAGAACGAACCAAUAGAGCAGCUCACGCCAGAACCCUAUAA